AUGGCCUCAAAUUUGAUUAAGUCCGAGUCGAUUCAAUCUACCCAUCCAGAACUAGACGAGCAGGAUUCAUCUCGUCUUUACAUCAUCUACCGUAAAAGGUGGAAACGGCACUAUGAAGUCAAAUCUGCAGCAGACCAACUUUUAUACUUCGGGGAGGUAUCCAAUUUCAAGCACGCUAAGCCUGACCUCACCAUACAUCGAGGAACCAGCGCCGAUGCACCUGUGGUGGCAGCGAGCAAACUCCUCAAGCUCUCCGGUGAUUUCAAGCUGGGUUUAGGAGACCCCGACGAUGUGAACAAUGUCCAGUGGGAGGACAUGACCAGGGAAUCUUGGGUGCACCAAACGUAUCGCUUUGAAGUGAACAUGUCCAGUGAGUCUGGGGGCACCCACGGGCAACGGCGAGCCUUACUCUGGAAGCGAACACGGUCGGUAGGAGUCGAUGGUUCAACACCAUCGUGGAGUUCUCGGAAUUUCAAGCUGGUUGAUGAGAUAAGCGGUGACCUGGUGGCGGUAUUCACAAGCAAAAGGUCUAUCGGCCAAUGUGGAAGAUUGCAGAUCAUGGAGGACCAUGGGCAGUGGUUUGAUACGUUGAUCUUGCUCUCAUAUAUGAGCCUGUAUGAAAGAUUUGAGCGCCAUAACAGGCAAGCUGCUGCCGCAGCUGGAGGGUCAUGA